AUGGCAUCUCUCCGCUCAACUUCUCGUCUCCUCCGGGGCUCAAGCGCUCUCAUGCGGCCCGUCAUGGCCUCUCGAUCGUAUGCCACCGUUGAGGCGAGCGCAAAGCCCACGGAGGCCUCCUCCGCGCCCACCAGCGCACCAGCACCAAAGAUGAAGACCUUCAAGAUUUAUCGAUGGAACCCUGACGAGCCAACCGCAAAACCUCGCAUGCAGACGUAUACUAUCGAUUUGAACAAGACUGGUCCCAUGGUUUUGGAUGCUUUGAUCAGGAUCAAGAAUGAAGACGAUCCGACCUUGACGUUUAGGAGAAGCUGCAGAGAGGGUAUUUGUGGAAGUUGUGCGAUGAACAUUGACGGAGUAAACACUCUCGCAUGUCUCUGCCGCACUCCUACCGACACUACCAAGGAGACUCGCAUCUAUCCUCUGCCUCACACCUAUGUUGUCAAGGACCUUGUUCCAGACAUGACACAAUUUUACAAGCAGUACAAGUCUAUCAAGCCUUAUCUGCAACGUGAUACUCCAUCUCCCGAUCUAUCUUUUAAAAAGGGUCGUGAAAACCGCCAGUCGCCAGCUGACCGAAAGAAGCUUGACGGCCUGUAUGAAUGUAUUCUCUGUGCUUGCUGCUCGACCUCUUGCCCCUCCUACUGGUGGAACAGUGAAGAAUACCUUGGACCUGCUCUCCUCCUCCAAUCCUACAGAUGGCUGAUUGACUCUCGAGACGAGCGAACUGAACAGCGCAAGGCUGCUCUCGACAACAGCAUGAGUGUGUACAGAUGCCAUACCAUUCUUAACUGCUCAAGAACCUGUCCCAAGGGCCUGAACCCCGGAAAAGCCAUUGCUGAAAUCAAGAAAAUGAUGUCCUUCAACUAA